AUGGAACUACCGAAGAAGCGCACUCGCAGAAAGCACAGUAACUCGCACUUCGGGUGCAGUCUCUGCAAAAAGAGGAAGAUCAAAUGCGAUGAGGGUCUUCCGAGUUGUGCUAACUGUGUCGCCAAAAAGUCCUGUUGCCCAUACUUGGACAUGACCUCAGAGGAGAUGGAGCAAUUCAAGCAUUACAAGGAGAAGAAAGCCAGACAGUCUUCAGAUAUAACACCAACUAGCAGCAACCCCUUUUCCGCCAGAUCACCGCCAAGUUCCGACUUGACAUCGCCAGAUACUCCUCCCUCGAAACAGCCAAGAGGACUCAGCGAGUACUCCAAGGUUGAGAACAUCUCCAUCGAAUGCAAACAAGUUGAACACGAGAUUGCGCAAACCAUAAUAUCCACCCAUUUCUUCUACAUGAAGUCCAUGACGUCCUCCGAGUUGUUUGAGGAGGGAGUCAUGGAUUCGUUCACGAAUCCACAUGCAAACUUCUUCCAGUUGGUGGUGCUGCUGAGCAUAGGAUCCACUAUGAACUACAAUUGCUGUAUUGCGUUUGCAGGCAACUACUCGCUAUCAGUGACUCGAAAGCCUUAUUUGCAGCCUUAUUGCUCGCUUCUGUCCUUUCCAAAGCCGUACGUGGAUGAUGUGAUAGCGAAUUGCAUGUCUCGUGUUUAUCGGGCUACGGCAGACUAUGUCUCCAAAUUCGCCCAGCUCAAGGAUUUGCAGAUUUUCAUGCUUGUGGCAUCGACUUUCCAUUUGAUGUAUAACUCACUGUACUAUUCGGACAACUUGAAGCAGUACAACAAAUUCAUCAAUGGGAUGACGGCAUUUUUGGCAGAAGACAUCGUCAAGGAAGAAGCACUUUCAGUGAACCCUUUUCUGGUGGUUGCUGAGGUAAUGAUCCAGAACUUCAAGAAAAUGUACUUUCCAGUGUAUCCCAGCGAUUUCCUCGGAGAGAUUUCCUUCAAACUGGAGCAGUUCAGACUGGAAUUCGGGUCGCAAAUGUCUCUAUCCGAAACCCGCUGUCUUGAAGAUAUGCAGUCCAUUUUGGAGCGGACUAGAAUUGUUGCCAACGGCAAUCAGUCAGGUUUGGUGCAGGUACUUCCCUCCAAGUUGUUUGCUCUUUUGGAAAGCACAAUCAGCUCUCUCCCACCGUCGAUAUUCAAUGUGGGCUUUGAUGCAGAUAUUUCGGAUGUGGAGUUUGUGAUAUACGCUUUCAUAAUGGCGAUCGUGGAGGCCCAGAGAGCCGUUUUACCAGGAGUUUCCUUCCUUUUCUGCUCCGAAUUCAUGGGUUUAGAAGACUCUCCUGAUAGGAUCAGAAGCAUGUCGGUAUUGGGAAGUCGAGUGGCAGAGGUCGCAGAUUCAAGACUGAAAGAUAGUGCUAUCUACGCCUCAAGAGUGGCCAGUUUUUUGAAAAAGAGACGGCACCUUUUAGACCGAAUCUUCUUGGUUCGCGAGCCAUUCACCCCCAUGGAUUUCCAAAAGGUAUUUCAAGACCACGAUCUCUCUAGAUUGGACGAGAUAAUCUCAGAGUCAAGGAGAAUGGCAAACACUACCGAGACAACCAUUUCCUCUUUUGGUGUGACCCCCAUUUCGAUUGAAAACUAUCCGAAAAUUGUGGAUGGCAGCAGCUUUCCAGCAACCAACCAAGUCAUGCUGAUUCCUUUCGAAGAUGGACCCGAAACUCUGGAUUUCGGCAACUACGAACUCGGCUCUCACCAUUUAAAUAAUACCGUGGCCAACUUUGAUAGAGACGCCUGUCUUCUCAAGACUGAUUUCGAUGCGGACAAUCUGAAAUUCCCCAAGACCAUGAACUUAGCGGUUCUGUUGAACAACAAGGUUGUAAUUCACGCUACUUUACACAACCUGAACAUGAUUGAAAUGAUACGAUCAAGGUUGCUAUCACAGGAUAAUUAA